GAACCAGGGGGGCGGCGGCGACGGCUGGGCCCGGGCAUCUGCACGCGCUGCUCCCCCAAGGCCAAGUUCCCGGCUCGCCCGGCUCCGAGUGGGGAAAAGGGACGGAGGGCAGGGAGGGCGGCCCAGCCGCGCCGCGCCUCACGAGCUUCGUGGGGAUUGCCCCUUGUCUGCUUUGAGGAAACAUGAAGUCACAGUAUCUUGUGCCUACCGUAGCCAUACUGAUGUUCCUAACGUGGAUCCCUCUCUCACUGAGUUGUAACAAAGCUCUCUGUGCUAGUGAUGUGAGCAAAUGCCUCAUCCAGGAGCUUUGUCAGUGUCGACCUGGUGAAGGAAAUUGUUCAUGUUGUAAAGAGUGUAUGCUUUGUCUGGGCACACUUUGGGAUGAGUGCUGUGAUUGUGUUGGUAUGUGCAAUCCUCGAAAUUACAGUGAUACGCCUCCCACUUCAAAGAGCACUGUAGAAGAGCUUCAUGAACCAAUCCCAUCUCUCUUCCGUGCUCUAACAGAAGGAGACCAGCUGAACUGGAACAUUGUUUCAUUCCCUGUUGGUGAAGAACUUUCUCAUCAUGAGAAUCUGGUGUCAUUUUUAGAAACUGUAAACCAACCACACCACCAGAAUGUGUCUGUUCCUAGCAACAGUGUCCAUACACCAUAUUCCAAUGACAAAGAACACAUGUGUACUGUGGUAUAUUUUGAUGAUUGUAUGUCAAUACAUCAGUGUAAGAUCUCUUGUGAAUCCAUGGGAGCAUCUAAAUAUCGCUGGUUCCAUAAUGCCUGUUGCGAAUGUAUUGGACCAGAAUGUAUCGACUAUGGCAGUAAAACUGUCAAAUGUAUGAACUGCAUGUUUUGAAGAAGGAAAAGGAGUUCUAUAAUAAUAAAAUACAGACCAAAGGCAUCUUCAUUAAAGAGAAAGAGAUGGAAAGCCAUCAGUUGGUGAAGUAUACCUGUUUCAUCAGAAUGCAAGUAAUUUGGGAAGAAGAUAAAAAGAACUUUAAACAUUUGUCACUUUAAAAAAAAUUGAAUAAUAAUUUUCCUAUCGUCUUUUAAGUUUCCUUUUAAUUUUAAGAAAUCAUUGGCAUAAUGAUCUGUCUUGAUUGGCCUAUUGUUAAUUGUCAAUGAAUUUGUGCCUUAGAAUGUAUUGAAAAUCUUGAUCAUUUAUGCAAGAAGUAUAAUUGAGGAAUUCACCAGGACAUCUCAUAUUCAUGUCAAAGACUGAUGGAUGCCAGUCUCUGCCAGUACCCCCUUAAUCUUUUGUUUUGAAAAUGUUAGCAGACAGACAUUAGAGUAAGUUUGGUUUACUUUGAUAAUUACUUCCCUUAUUUAAAAGUUCUUUUAAAAAUAUUAGAAUAGCACCAUUCACAGAAUGCUGAGGUUUUAUAUUUAUGUGCAUUAUAAAUCCUGUUCUUCCUUUUAUUUUUCCUUUGUGACUUGUUAGAAGCACAGGAAUUAUUUAAAUUUACAUUUGUACAAAUGUUUGCAUAAGGGGCAGUUAGGUGGCUCAGUGGAUAGAGCACCAGCCCUAGAGUCAGGAGGACCUGAGUUCAAAUCCAGCCUCAGACACUUGACACUUACUAGCUGUGUGACCUUGGGCAAGUCACUUAACCCUCACUGCCCAACUAAAAAACAAAAACAAAAACAAAACAAAAAAACCAAAUGUUUCCAUAAAAACCAAACUGAUAAACCUCUUACAACAUAAGGAUAAGGUGAAGUAAGAAGCAUGCUGAAUAGUGGUGAAAACCUUGGUGGAUUUUUAGUAAACACUUAGAACAGAAUUCCUGACUUGUGGGGCCAGUUUAUAUAAGGAGUCCUAGGACUGGGGGGGAGGAGGGAGUGAAUACCAGGCCAGGAGAUACAUAAUUUGCUUGAGGGACAAUGGAAUAUGCAUUUAUAUGAUGCCUACCACGUACUGGGCAGUGUGUGCUUUACAAAUAUUAAUCUCAUUUGAUCCUCAUAACAACCCGGGGAGGUAGGUGCUAUUAUUAUCCCCAUUUUACAGUUGAGGAAACUGAGGCAAACAGAGGUUAAAUAACUUGCCCAAGUUCACCUAGCUAGUAAAUGUCUAAGGCCAGAUCUGAACUGGGAAUAGCAUCAGGGGAGGGAUGAACUGCUAAAAGUUGGAGACUUGUUGGAAGAUGGAAACAAGACCACAAGCCACAUAGUAGAAAAUAUGGCCUCAUUGUGAAUAUGAGUGAAUAGAAUUAGGGUAAUAGAAAGAAUAGGGCUUAAGAUAAAAGAAAAAAAUUAUAUCAAAAGGGAAUUUAGGCUUGAACAUAUUUGGGAAAAUAAGUUGAAGGAUAUGAUAGAGAAAAAUUGAGAUCAUUUUCCUUAAAAUAAUUUUGUUGCUCUAGAAUCUAUUUAACAAUUUUAUAUCUGGUUCUAGCUUAUACUGUUAUUGAUUAAGCACUGUUAUCUGGGGGUGAGAAACUUGAUUAACUGUCAGAAUGUAACAGUUCCCAGCUAGGUAUUUAACCACUCCACUAUAACUUUGAGGUUUUUUGACUGGCUUAUUUCCAAAGAAUUUAUAAAGGUUUAAAAAAGGAUUCUCCUGUAGGAAACAGAGCAAAAUUCCAAGUAUGCUCCAGAGGGUUUUUGUUAUUCUUUAUGUAAUAUUCUGAUAAAAUGUCAGAACAUUAUUUACAUAAUGUGCCUGCCCACACUUAAAGAAAAUGUAAACCUUCAAAAUAAAUAACAUAUGAACAAGACUCUUAGCUUUUCAAAAUGCUUAAUCACAACUUUCCUUUAGUAGGAAAUUCCCUUAUUGCAGCUAAAAUAUGAUAUUAUUUAUUUAACAUUUAGAUUUUCAAGAAUACAUCUCUUCUGUACAUCUACUUAUAUAGACAUAUUCAUCCAAGAUAUAUUUUGUAAUAGUCAUUUGCUUGAACUUAAGUUGUCUUGAGUUUGUGUGCAUAUUUUUGAUCAAGUAUCAUAAAAUUAAAAGCUUUGAUGUCUUAGUGUUUUCUACUGACAUAUGUCAUCCAAUCCAGGUGAACUAUGAAAUAAGCAGUGAUUGAAGAUAACUUAGCCUUUUAUAUUUUAUAGAGAGAAUUUAUAAUUAGGACAUGAACUUUUAUUUUGUAGGUAGCAAAACUCUUCCCUUUCAUUUUGUAUUCAUCAUUUCAUCCUGGACCUUCUGUUACAACUAUAGAAGCCUGUAAUUGUGACCAAAAUAUAUUUAAGAAUAAAACCUGAUAGGCUGUGUGACCCUGGGCAAGUCACUUAACUCUCAUUGCCCUGCAAAAAAAAAUAUAGGAAUAGAUAUCUUUUUAAAAGGUAUAAUUGGAUUUAGUAGGUAGUCACCAUGCGCAAUUAAUACCUGCAGCAUGAGGGUCUGUUUUUAUUGCCUACAAGAAGAAAGUUAAGAAAAUUUAUGGACAUUUGCUGUAUUUCAGCUUCCUUAGAGUAAAUAUAUAUACAUGGAGAGAUCCCUUUUUAUUUGUUGACUGUGUUUAAUGUCAUGUGCAUUAAUUUCACUUAGCACAUAUAUGUUCUUUAAUUGACAUUUCUCAUUUUAAAAUACUUGAUAAACUGUAUUCAUAUAUAAAUAACUGUUGAUUUUUUUAAAUGUUUAUCUUUCCUCAUGUAUUCCACAUUGCUUUUUCAGUUCCCUACAUUGUGAUGGUGAUUUCUUAUACCACAAGUCAAUUUAAAUUAAUGGAAUUUUCCUUUUUCCUCUAUUUGCCCAUUAACAGCUAUCCUUUGAAUUAUUCCUUUUUGUGAUGAAUUUUUUUUAAGUGAGGCAAUUGGGGUUAAGUGAGUUGCCUAAGGUCACACAGCUACUAAGUGUUACGUGUCUGAGGCCAGAUUUGAACUCAGGUCCUCCUGACUCCAGGGCUGGUGCUCUAUCCACUGCACCACCUAGCUGCCCCAAUGAAUUUUUUUAAGAAUUUAUUUUGGUGGGUGGAAUAAAUAUGAGUACAUAAACCUCUCUGCUGUUUAUCUCAUGGUUUGUUUUCUGAUUUUGGAUAAUAGGUAUUUUAAAUUUGACUUUAAAAUAUAGGUAGAAAUAACAUAAAGCCAAUUAUUAAUCCUGAAGCUACUGCUUAGCUCCUCUGAUACUUGGAUACUACUAUAAUCUUGAGCACCAAACUCUUAUAUACUUAAGUUCUGAGAUGGAUACUACUUCUGGUUUUUAUAUUUUUAAAAUGUGUUAUUUGCUGCUAGUUUUUGAUAGCUAAACUGUCUAGAAAUAAAAUCUGUAGAUUUAAGUGAGUUUUAUUAAAAUGAGGGGAUUUCAUACUACCAAAUAUUUCUUUUAGGGCAGUUUUUCUCCUAUUUGCUUGAUUCAAGCACUCUGCUUUUUAUUGAAACUAUAGUCUUCGUUCAAGGACCCAAAAGAAUUCCAAUAUAUGAUUAUAAAGCAUGUCAUGGAUCCAAGAUAAAAUCAUUUAGAUUUAUGACUUCUAAAGUUUAAGGAAACUAAAAUAGUCGACUGUUAGGAUCAUAACUCAUUUAAUGACUAUUUAAGAGCAGAACUAAUAUCAGUGUGUGAAGGAGGCAAAACAGCAAUGAAGUCCCUUAAGUCAGACACUAAUAAAAUUGAUUAUGAAAAAGUCCUUGCUUUAAAGAAGUUUAACUCAUUCUGUCCUCCCAACUGUGUAUUAUGUAUUCAUGCAAUCUAUUAGCAACAUAAAAUGUAUGUAUUUUGUCUUUUUUAUCCCUGUAAACAAAAUGUAUUUUAAUUAAAAUAUCGUACUAUA